GUUGAAUUGCAAUGUCUCGAUUAUUUUAAGUGAUUUUCUAUCGUGUACAUUAUAUUUAGAUGUUAUAUGGCUCACAGUAUUGCAGUGGGAACCCUGAACCUAAGUUUGUGCUAUUCAACGCACACCAAAAAAGUGUACCUGCAGUUUUCAGGAAACUAGUUCUCUCAGUGGUGUUUUAGCUACAUCAAGCAGCACAAAUCAAUACUUCUAUCAAUGUCUCAAUCAAAUUCAACGGAUAAUUCUAAUUCUCAUAGUAAUAAUGAUACAAUAAAUCAAAACUUAGAAAAUCAUGAACAAUUAAUUCAUUCUAGAUUAGGCAGUAUUGUACCAGAAUGUGAUACAGUAAAAACUGCUUAUGAUUUAUGCUUUCAAGAAUUUUUUCCAAAUUUUCUUAAAGGUUAUACAUUUGAAAAAGAUCCAUGUGAAAAAAAAUUGAAAAUUUAUCAAAAUUGUUUAAGGGAAGCAUUGAAAAAUACAUUUAAUAUGGAUUUGAAUGAAUUAGAUUCAAUAAGAACUGAUGCAGAAACAAUAAGAAAGAUAACAAGUAAAACAAUAUAAUCUAUUCUAUUUUAUAUUUUUUAUAUAAUAUUUUACAAUUUUCUUUUGAUCGGAUAUAGAUCUCAUAGUGAAGAAAGUAAGAAUAUAUUUUUCUUUUCGAUUA